AUGGGAGUGAUACCCUUCAGUUUUAGAAACUUUGGAUCUCUUCUGUUAUUCAUCGUCUCAACGAACAAUCUCAAUGGUAGCAUUCCUGAGGAGAUCUUCCAACUCCCAAGCCUAAGUAUGUUUCUCAAUCUCUCUCAAAAUUCAUUCACUGGGAAACUGCCCGUCAGCAUUGGGAGUUUAGCUAAUGUUUCUGUCAUUGAGAUCUCUAGAAACCAUUUAUCUGGAGAAAUCCCUGAUUCAAUUCAAAAUUGCAAGAGCAUGCAGCGACUUCUUCUCAAUGGCAAUGCUCUGUCAGGUGGUAUUCCCAAGUCCCUUAGUCAGCUCAAGGGCCUCCAAUACCUGGACCUUUCAUCUAAUGAUCUCUCUGGUGCAAUUCCAGUACAGGUUGGACUACUUGAUGAUCUACAACUGUUGAAUCUCUCUUUCAAUAAUCUUGAAGGCAAAGUCCCAAACUCUGGUGUGUUCUUAGAAUUCAACAGAAUAGAUCUUGAAGGCAAUGACAGGGUCUGUGGGGGCCCCAGAGUUCUGAUGUUGCCAGUUUGCCAUUCUCAUGUUCAUUCAAAAAGGAUACUUGCUCUCAAACUUGCCAUUGCGCUUGCAAGUCUUGCAACCAUUUUUAUUCUUCUUUCCUGCGCUUGUUCGAAGAACCUUCUCGGCAGCGGCAGCUUUGGUUCUGUUUUCAGAGGUGUACUUGGGGAUGGAACUGCAGUUGCUACCAAGGUCAUUGAUCUGCAACGUCAUGGUGCUGCCACCAGUUUCGCUGCAGAAUGUGAAGCAUUACGAGGGAUUAAUUUCAAGAAUGAAGAUUUUAAGGCAUUGGUUUAUGAGUAUAUGGUUAAUGGGAACCUUGAGCAAUGGCUGUAUCCUGAUAGCAACCAUGGUAGAGGAGACAAACCGGCGUUUGGCCUUCUGUCAAGGUUAAAUAUUGCUAUCAAUGUUGCAUGCGCCCUGGAAUAA